AUGAUGGCUGACUUGAAGAAUCUCAGUCUGGGAAGUGGUGCAGUAUCCAGGUAUAACGGCGAUGAACAAGUGCAGUUUAUUCCAGGCGGGAGUCAUCAGGUGACAAUCAGAUCACCUCCUCCUUCCUUACAUUUGGAAAAUCUCAACAAUGCGGUUCACGGCGGCUCGCAGAACAACCUCCACUGCAGUUGCAAUGGCACCACGUCGAACGGGGCUGCGGCUACGGUAUGCACCGGCGGUGUUCUGGCCAGGAAAGUGCCGAACCACAGCGGCGCCAGUCCUGGACAGAGCAAUAAGAAGCCGGCUGUAUCACUGACGCAUCUCCCGAAGAGGCCACCGGUCGACGUGGAGUUCAAGAACCUGGCCUAUAGCGUGUCCGAGGGCAGAAAAAGAGGAUACAAAACUAUUCUAAAAUGCGUGAAUGGAAAAUUUAGAUGUGGAGAACUGACGGCCAUUAUGGGACCGUCCGGCGCUGGAAAAAGCACGCUUAUGAACGUUUUAGCAGGCUACAAAACCUCGCACUUGAGCGGUUCGGUGCUGAUAAACGGUAAAGACAGGAAUCUCAGAAGAUUUCGGAAGAUGUCUUGCUAUAUCAUGCAGGACGACCGACUUCUACCACACUUGACUGUUUAUGAGGCGAUGACAGUGUCGGCGAAUCUGAAGUUGGGAAAGGAUAUCAGCUUGACCGCCAAGAAAGUAGUGAUUGAGGAGAUUAUGGAAACGCUUGGCCUACUCGAAGCCAGUAACACGCAGACCCAGAGUCUCAGCGGUGGGCAAAGGAAGAGAUUGUCAAUAGCCCUGGAGCUCGUCAAUAAUCCGCCGGUUAUGUUUUUCGACGAACCUACUUCCGGUUUGGACAGCUCUUCUUGUUUCCAGUGUCUAAGUUUGCUCAAAUCCUUAAGCAGAGGAGGAAGAACGAUCAUAUGUACGAUCCAUCAACCGAGUGCGCGAUUGUUCGAGAUGUUCGAUCAUCUCUACCUACUUGCCGAAGGCCAAUGUAUAUAUCAAGGCAAUGUCGGUGGUCUGGUGCCCUUCUUGUCAUCAAUGGGCCUCGAGUGUCCGAGUUACCAUAAUCCAGCAGAUUACGUGAUGGAGGUUGCUUGCGGGGAGCACGGUGAGUGCGUUCAUAAGCUCGUGAUGGCUGUGAACAACGGCAAGUGCAACAACUAUCAGCACCAUCAGGUAGCCCUCGCCGCAGCGCAAACAGUGUCGAACGAUAUAGCCAAGGAAUCACCACAGGAGCAGACGAAACCGGAGGGCACCGUAAUGAUACCAAACGGAGUUGCGAAGCCACCGACUGGCGCGACGAUGAUCAAUAUGCCGGUUUCUUGCACAACGUCGUUGCUAGACAGCGCGGAAAGUAUAGAACAGAAGGUCGGCUUUCCGACGAACGGUUGGCUGCAGUUCUGGAUACUACUCAAGAGGACAUUCCUAUCGCAGAUACGAGAUAUGACUCUAACAAAGGUAAGACUGAUCUCACAUAUAAUCGUCGGCUUCCUGAUCGGCGCAAUUUAUUAUGAUAUCGGCAACGAGGCUUCGGAAGUCAUGAGUAACGCCGGAUGUGUCUUCUUUACGGUGAUGUUUCUCAUGUUCACCGCCAUGAUGCCUACGAUAUUAACAUUUCCGACGGAAAUGUCCGUAUUUGUGAGGGAGCACCUAAACUACUGGUACUCGGUGAAAGCUUUUUACCUCGCGAGAACAUUGGCGGACUUGCCGUUUCAAAUGGUGUACUCUAUAGCCUACGUGGUGAUUGUGUACUUUAUUACGUCACAACCGUUGGAGACGGAACGUUUUCUUAUGUACCUAAAUAUAUGCAUAUUGACGUCGCUAGUUGCGCAAUCUAUCGGUCUGUUGAUAGGAGCAGCGAUGAGUGUGGAGAGUGGAGUGUUUAUCGGACCCGUAAUGUCGGUCCCCAUCAUUCUCUUCUCCGGCUUCUUUGUUAACUUCAACGCUGUACCAAAGUAUCUAAAAUUUCUCUCGUACGUGAGCUACGUAAGGUACGGCUUCGAGGGCGCCAUGAUCUCCGUGUACGGCUACAAUCGAGCGAAGCUCAAGUGUUCCGAGUACUACUGCCACUUCAAGAGUCCGACGAAGUUCCUCGAACAGAUGGCCAUGGAGAACGCGGUCUACUGGGUGGAUGUCGUUGCCCUGCUCGGCUUUCUGCUCGUUCUCAGAGUGGUCGUUUAUUUCGUGCUGAAGCUCAAGUUGCGAUCCCUUCGUUAAAAACUCUGAUAGGAGUCCAGGACAGACAAUAAUCACGUCACGACUCUACGACCGCCAUAAACCUCGAUCUGGAUAUCAUCGAAGAUCAUACUUUCGUAAAUGCGGAAUCAACGACGUAAGGAGGAUUGAAACUAUUUCGAUUUCGAAAUUGAGAAAGGUAGAACUGUCGCGUUGAUAAACACUGCGAAAGAAGAAAUCUACGAAAAGAAUAUUCGCUUCGAAUAGAAACAUUGAGAUAACGCAGUAAUUAAUUCAAACAAUCAUUUGACAUACGAACUUUGAUGAGUGAUUUAAGUCGUUAGAGAUUGCAAGUUCUUUAUUUUAUUUUCCGUCUCUUUUUCUCUACUGAAGUAUGAUGUUUUCUUCAAAGUAUGAUGUUCAAUUACGUAGCUCUUCAAAUGUGUUUAAGUAUCAUCGAUUGUAAUAUUUGUGCGGUACCAAAAUGAAUGAUCUCUGCCAUUGGCAAAAGAGGACGCUCUAUCGUACUUUAUUAGUUCGAGUAAAUAAACUAGUUAUCGUGACGAGAACUCGAAUUUGAUUAAAGGCGAAUCGUAAUCUUAGAUAGGCAUUUAAAAGUAAGUAGUCUAGGCAGGAGUUAGGUUAUCUUCAAUCGCGCAUUAACAACAGUAGGCCGAUUCGCGACGGCAACACGACGGGCAAUCCGGCAUCGAAUUAAAAUCGCGAACGUUUAUAGCCAAUUACUACGAACUCGCCAGGAGCCUUAGGCCCAUUUGUGACUAUGUGUCCCUCCAACGAGCGCGUUUAAGUGCGAAUAAAAUAAAGGUUUCUAUAUAUAGGCUGGAUAGGACACAUGAAUCGUUAAAACAAGUCUUUCAUUAUUCUCAUCUUACAUUAGUUCAUAGUUCGCCACGUUCAAUUAUGACUGCGAUUUAGGUAUCUCCGUGAACAAAUCGCAUCGCAUACUUAUGAUCGUAUAAACAGAGCAAUUCGUGAACAUCGAGAGCAACGCUCGUUCGCGAAUGGCGUUUUCGUACCAAUAAGGUGGUAGAGGCCGACAAAUAUAACAUAAUUACGUAAUCGCUCUUUCUUCAUAUCGUAAUUUCGUCAACGAUUUACCUAAUAGCUAAUAAUAGUAAUUAUAAAGAGGGAAAGGAUGGGAAAGAGAGAAGUGUUUAUUGUAAAAAGCUCACACUUGACCAAUCACUAGCUGCCUGAGCAUUGCUUCUAAGUGCGAGUACUAAGUGUUGUUACACUCAUCAUAGUGUAUAAAAAAAUAACUAUUCGAACAGUGGAAAUUGCUGUAUAGCUGUAUAAAGCGUAAGACGAGAUAAAGAGUGCGUCAAUGAGUACAUUUCGUUUUUGUAAUAAUGCUAAUUCGCGGCCUACGCACGAAUAUGUUUUAAUUUAUUCAACAACUGACAGAGACAUCAGUAAUUAAUAUUGUAUCGUAGAUAUUUUCAAUUUACUUUACACACAGAACAUUACUAACAUUAAUCGGUAUGGCCAUAAUCAAUGGGGAAAAUAUAAAUAUCGGGAGAGGCGAUUUUAUUUCUAAGAAUUAAAGACCUUAGUUAUGGUAUUUUUUUUUUUCAUGUUACGCACAAAGCUACUGGUGUAAAUAACAAUGAAUACAUGUCCCACUUUUUUAUCUGUAUCAACGAAUGAAUAGAGACAAUGGCAGAACGACAAGGCAAUAGAGUCUAUCAUGAAAGUUAUAAUUUUCUAUGUUUUACCUGAUAAUCUCUCUCGCGUAAUAUUUUCUAUUACAUUAAAUAUACAUUAUGUUUGUUGGUAAUGCGCUAUUUAUUAGGUCAAUUAGCAAUUAUUUGGUAUCAGCGUAAAAAGAAAGACAAUAUUUAUGUUUUAAUAUUCUUAUUUUAUUUUACACAUUUGUUUACUUUAUUAUAGCUGCAUGACAAUAUGGUUUACGGUAUACUUAAGUUUAAUGAAAUAAUUUGUGUUUACUCACAUAUGAAAUAUUACGAUAAUAGAGAUAAUUUGUUCGAAUCACAUUUAUAGUUAUUAUGCGUUAGCUUGACUGUACAGUAUUUACUUUUUCUUGCCAUGUAACAGUUCCGUGGACAAUUGUUAUAGAUGAUGCAAUAGUAAAUAUUAAUUUCUGCACAAUUAAAAUCUAUGUAUGAAUAAUUCGAUUAUUUUUAUUUUAUUUCAUUUCACACAGAAAUUAUUAAAGUUGCUAUAUAUACCUCAAGAAAUAUCAAGAAUUUUUAUAAAUCUGACCGUUGUAAGAUAUAUUUUUGCAGUGAGAAAUCAAAUAACGUUUUUAGCUAAAGAGUUUAUGCGUAUGCUUUUGCGUCAUAUGAUUCUAAUAUUAGACGUAUGUUAAAGGAAAAUAUGUGCACAUUAAUCUUUAGGGUGGAAAAUGAAUUUCUAUAUUUGUAGGUAUAUGUUACAGUUCGUCAUAUAGAUUAUAUUUGUACUUAUCACGCGUCAAAAAGAAAGUGUAAUUAUCACGAUAGUGAUAUGAAAGGGAAGGAAAGAAUUUUAGAACUUAAAUUUGCUUUAAUUUAUUGAUUACGUAUUAUCUUUCUUAUUGUAUUAUAAAACUUAAUUCCUUUAUGCCGAAUUAAUAAUUAAAUGGGUUAUACGUCAUGCCGAAAACAUGAUUAAUUAGCUUUUUACGUCAUUACGUGGAAUAUGCCAAUGACCUGAUGUUAACCAAAAGAAAAAAAAACAAACAUUACAUGACACUUGGAUAAAAAGAAGUCUUAUCCGCUGCGAGACUAAAGUUCAUAUUUAGAGUGGCAUUUGUAAAUAUACGAUAUUUCAAUGAGUUUCACAUGCACGCGCGUAAUGCGUUGUUAAACUGAUAACUGUUAACGCGCUCAGACCUCGAUAUGCUGCUUUGGAAAGUGUUAUUCCGAUAAAGCGCGCACUAUAGCAUAUAGCAAUAUUACAGGGUACUGUAAAUUUCUCUCGAUUCAUUUAUCCGUAUAAUCGAGAUUUAAAAUUUGUACGUGCAGUGCGCCGACGUACCGAUCGUCUCUUUUGAUAAUUAGCAGUUAAUCCCAAUCAUGCUCGAUUGUGAUAUAAUUUCCCGUUUGUCAAUCUCGUACGACGCCGCGCAAGUCGCGCUCGAACGAUCAAUGAGCGUGAAAAGUAAUCGGAAUAACGUUUCUAGUCGACUUACAAUCGUAAUUAAUCGCAUCAGGCGUUCUGUGUUCAAGACUUCAUGAGCAUUAUCGGCAAGCGCGCGAAUUCUUCAUUGUAAACCCGUGACGAUCCCGCUCGUAGAACACAAGGAAAGCGCAAAAUGCAUAAGAAGAUACAGGAAAGAUACAGUUUGUAAGAAUCAAUUCAAAUCCAUUUCGCUUCUAGGGCUAUCCUACGCGCGAAGUUGCCGGUUUGGAAGUUUUUUUUUUUGCAAAUAGUAGAUGUGGAGAUCUCAAGAACAGAAAAAACAAAAUGCGUUAACUUAAGCGAAAACUAUUUGGUCGAAAGGACGCCAAAUUGAUCAGGGAUAUAAGAUGCCAAAAUGAGUCAUUAAAAUGAUCGCAAAAUGAUAACACCAUUACUACAAAACGUUCCAUAUCACGGAUGUUUUGACUGAUUUGUAAUCUUGAUUGUCACUUUAACGUCAUUUUGAUAUCAAUUUUACGUAAUACAAAGUAAUUAUCCUGUAUGGAAAUAAAUACAAGAUCAACGUCCAUUUCUAUUCAUAUAGAUUAACACUUUGUUUAAUUACUGUUGGUUCUUUUUCUAAUUCUUAGAAUUAGAAAAAAAUUACAAGUAAAUUAAAUUGUUAUUAAAAUUAAUCUACAUUAGUAGAAAUAUACGUUAGCCUUGAAUUUAUUUACUCUUUGGACAUAAACAUAUAAACAUUGAAAAGGUUAGAUGAAAUAAUGAUCAAAAUAUAUGAUUUGUUAUUUAGGUAUUUAAAAAGAAAUAUAUGAGUACUAAGUAUAUAAAUAUAUAUACAGUAUAUAGUACAAAUAUAAAAUAUAAAGAAAAAAGAAAAAUAUAAAACAUCUCGUAAAUUAUUGAUUUUUCGAUAAUUCUUAAUACUUUUAUGCGUAGAAAAAUUAAUCAUAUUAUUAAAAAAAAUCGUAUAAUUUAAAAAAAAAUGGAAGUAACCUUUAUAUAGUUUUGGUGCCUCCACGUAGAGAAAAAAAACAAUGUGACCAAAAUACGUCCCUUUAAAACCAAACAACUUUUGUUUAAAGCAUUUUUUCUCAAAUUUUUCUUUCAAUCAAAAAUGCAAAGUUUUUAGAGACAAAUUAAAAUGGGACACCCUGUAUAACGAAGGUGAAAUACAACCGUGCCUAAAUGUUAAAAAUAUUUAGAAAUAACAAUACACUACAAAACAAUAACGCGGAUAUCUCUUUCGAAAAAAAUAAGCAAAUAAGCAAAAUUGUCUCAUUAUAAUGAUAUCAUUUUGAUGUUAACGUGACCCUGAUCGGAUUUUCGACACAAUAUUAAAAUUAUUUAAAUUUUAAACAUUUACUCCCACUUUUUUAUUUAUAUGAUAUUUUAUCGCAUACAUAAAGUUUACAUGGCGUUAAUUUUUCGUCAUAUUGAACUAUUACAUGAUAACAAACGACGGCUUUGACAUCAUAUCGACAUUAUUUUGACCAGGCAGUUUUCAUUGGAAAUUUAAUACAAUUUAUCAAAUUACGACAAAAGAAUGUGUCGUAAAUAUCAAUAUUAAAUUGAUAUUAUUGUGAGUUCUUUUCUGUUUUUCUUGAGAUAAUUAGCAUGCAUGCUUCCCAAUCACAGAAUGAAGCAUACAUGUCAGUCACCACUUCCACAUGUGGGCCGCAAAAAAAAUUUCCAACCGGCAACUCUGAUCAUGUGUCGAAACGCAUACAUACACACACAUAUACAUAACACAUAUGCAUACAUCGAUGUACAAUGUAUAACGUUACACACGACCACUAUACCGAAUAUCACAAUCUUUUUCCACUACCGUGAUUUUAUAUGACGGAAAGAAUAUGAAUGUGACUGAAUUGUGUAUGACUGUGCGCGCGCGCGAGUACAGAGACGCGGGCAUGAAAGAGAUCCCUUUUCCGGUAUAACAAUUAAGGAAGAAACGGGGAAAAAACCUCGCCGGAUUUCGGCGCUAAUGUACUGCGUGUCUUGAUUUUAUUGAGGGACGUCACGUUUGUACUAAAGCACAAAUGAAUAAACGAUUGUAUCAAUGAG